ACUAAGAGUCCUUCCUUUUAAAAUUUAAGAAAGAAUUAUGAAUGUUCGGCUGAGCAGCUCUUUUGUUUCGUCACUUCCGUCAUCUUCCGCACUUAUCCAGCGUUAUAAUGCUCACUGUUCAUAUAAAAUGUUCGCGAGGGCUUUUGUUUUGCGUGCUUUAUUCUGCGGAAGACUCACAGGAGUCUCUCACCAACAUUCCCAGGUUUUCCCCACUCACGCAGUCGGCUGGCCCUGCAUUCACUUUGCAGGGAAGAAACACCGGUUUGACCUGCCGGUAUUGAAUGAAGAAGAGCUGGAGGAACAGUUCGUCCGUGGUUCCGGACCAGGCGGUCAAGCGACCAACAAAACCAGCAACUGUGUGGUAUUGAAACAUAUGCCGACUGGAGUAGUUGUAAAGUGUCACCAGACCCGGUCGGUGGAGUUGAACCGGCAGCGUGCACGAGAGAUCCUGCAGGAGAAACUGGACGUUUUUUACAAAGGUGAAGAUAGCGAGCUGCUAAAACAGAAGGAGGACUCCAGAAUAAGGAAACAAGUAAAACGAAAGAAAGUAAAUGAAGGAAUAGAAAAAAAGAGACUGUUCAGAAAAAUGCUCUCAGCUGACUUGAAGCCAGAAGAGGAGACUGGAUGAAGUUUCAUUCAUAAUUUUUGCUCUGGUCAUCUAGUAGAUGUAAAGAUUAACAAUGCCUUCAGCUACACUUAUCCCAGAAUGAGUGAAUGUAUAAGAAUAAAUACUGACUAAUUUCCUA